AUGCAAGAGGAGCAACAGCCUGAGGCUGCUGCAGAUCCCAUGUCCUCCUCUGAUGCAUCAGAAGAUGGCUCAAAGGAAACGUCAAGUGUAUCGCAGGAUAUCUCUGAUGCUGAUGCAUUUAAAAUUCUUCUGGAGAUGAAGUUGAAGAAGAGGAAGAAAAAACCUGCUUUACCAAGCACUGUCACUGAGCUUGACACUGAGGAUGGUUCUAAAGUAUAUGUGGUUGGAACAGCUCACUUCAGUGACAGCAGCAAAAAGGAUGUAGUGAAGACAAUACAAGAAGUGCAGCCUGAUGUAGUUGUGGUGGAACUAUGCCAGUACAGAGUUUCUAUGUUAAAGAUGGACGAAAAGACAUUACUAAAAGAAGCCAAAGAAAUAAAUCUGGAAAAACUUCAACAAGCUAUAAAGCAGAAUGGAGUCAUGUCUGGAUUGAUGCAAAUGCUGCUUCUGAAGGUUUCUGCUCACAUCACAGAUCAGCUGGGAAUGGCCCCAGGAGGAGAAUUCAGGGAGGCUUUUAAAGAGGCUAGUAAAGUACCUUUCUGUAAAUUCCAUCUCGGUGACCGACCCAUCCCUGUUACAUUUAAAAGAGCAAUUGCUGCACUUUCCUUCUGGCAAAAAGUCAAGCUUGCUUGGUGCCUUUGCUUCUUAUCUGACCCAAUCAGUAAAGAUGAUGUGGAGAAAUGCAAACAGAAGGAUUUACUGGAGCAGAUGAUGGCAGAAAUGAUCGGAGAAUUCCCUGAUCUUCAUCGAACGAUUGUCUCGGAACGAGAUAUUUACUUGACCUACAUGCUGAAGCAAGCAGCCAAGCAGAUAGAACUACCUCGAGCUUCAGAAGCUGAACCUAGAAGAUACAUCCCAGCUGUUGUGGUUGGUGUUGUUGGAAUGGGGCAUGUACCUGGAAUUGAGAAGAACUGGAAUUCUGACUUAAACAUACAGGAAAUAAUGAGUGUGCCUCCUCCAUCAGCUUCAAGUAAGAUUUUCAGAUUUGUCUUAAAAGCAACAGUUUUUGGACUGAUGGGCUAUGGCUGCUACCGAAUAGGUCACAGGACAGUUCAGUUUAUUCUCUCAAUGCCAGCAGCACAGAGCUGUCUUCAGAGGCUGACGGAGUUGUCUCUGCAUUGAACAUGGAGUGGAGGCACUUUGUGAAGAAGGUGGCCAAAAAAAAGGGUGAUAGAGGCAACACAUGUGAACUGGACUGAAAGAAGAUGAGGAUUCUAGUCAGAGUUGAUUGCUGAGCAAUGCUAAAUUGCUAUAUCAUAAAAGAUGUGAUACUAAAGUUACACCA